CGCGGCAUACAAGUUAUACAAUAUACGUAUUGCACACGUGCGCGCGCGCACGCACACACACAACACACUUUGAGGUGGCUGAUUUUGACAAGAUGAAAGACGUGGGUGGAGCAUGUCAACAUCUUUAUGAUAAGUACAGUUGCGUUGUCAUAUCAAUGGAAAAGUACGGAUCAACGACAAGUCGGUGAUCAUCGGCGUUUGUCUGGUUUGUCAGUGACUAGUAGAUGGAUAUGUGAGCAAGACGAGAGAGGGCAAGUGAACGAGACGCGACAUCCUCUCUCUCAGAUACUUAUAGUGGUUUAAGAAUUUAACGUUGGUUCGACUCGAGAGAGAUGCCCGAGGAGAAUAUUAACGAUCAGUAUCCAACAUGGGUUGGGCUCGUGUACAUCUUCAAUCUCAUCGUUGGAACAGGCGCUUUGACUUUACCCGCUGUAUUUAGUCGAGCAGGAUGGGCACUUGGAUUAAGUGUCAUUUUAGUGUUGGCGUUCAUCAGUUUUAUCACAGUUACAUUUGUCAUAGAAGCAAUGGCAUCUGCCAAUGCUAUUGUUAUGUGGAGGCAUAUGCAACAUCGAAAACGCGUUUUACAGACGAUAAGUGAACCUGGUCUUUCCAAUUCAGAUUCGGAGGACACUCCAUUGGUAGCUCCUCCUUCAACCAGUCCAGAUUAUUUGGAUACGACUUGUAGAUAUUAUGUAAUUUGCGAUAAAAUAGAAAUGGGACAGAUGGCAUCCAUCUUUUUUAACAGAUUUGGCACUACUCUAUUUUAUUUAUGUUUCGCUAUAUAUCUAUAUGGAGAUUUAAGCAUUUAUGGUGCAGCAAUCGCAAAGUCACUAGCAGAUGUCGCCUGUACUUAUUUGCCAAAAAAUCUUACCUGCAAUGACACUGUACCAGAUACUGAACUUUGUUGGGAAGGUCCUAUGUUUACUCGACUGGAUGUGUAUAGAAUAUUCCUGACCAUGUUUGUAUUAUUAUUGGGUCCCUUUGUAUUUUUCAAUGUUCAAAAGACCAAGUAUCUUCAACUACUGACUUCGAUAAUGCGAUGGCUCGCAUUCACUAUAAUGAUCGUAUAUGCUAUAAAAAAUCUUUUUGUGCACGGCCCUCGUGGCGAUCCACCUAUCGCAAAUUUAGCCGGAAUUCCAAGUCUUUUCGGUGCUUGCGUUUACUCCUUCAUGUGUCAUCAUUCGUUACCGGCCUUGGUUACACCAAUAACGAACAAGUCUAAACUAAGUCAAUUCCUAGCUCUCGAUUACACUCUAAUCGCUCUCUUUUAUUUACUGUUAGCUCUAACUGGCAUCUUUGCCUUUCAGCGUUUGGACGAUCUUUAUACUUUGGACUUUGGACCACGUGGUUUAGGCAAUUGUUCCAAGAAUGACAAUAUUUUUAUGCUCCUUAUGGAAUAUUUUUUAGCCCUUUUCCCAGUAUUUACUUUGAGUACCAGUUUUCCCAUUAUAGCAAUUACACUCCGAAAUAAUUUGCAGACACUCUUUUUAAAAGAGGAUACAUCUUACAAUUUAUGUCUUCAGAAACUCGUCUUCCCCGUCUUGGCGGUAAUACCACCAUACUUGAUCGCGAUUAUUACCAAAGAUCUGUCAAUAUUAGUUGGUAUCACAGGCUCGUACGCUGGAGCAGGAAUACAGUAUUUAAUACCUACAUUUUUAGUUUAUUAUGCCAGACAAAAGACUAAUAAGAUUAUCGGCCUUGGGGUCAUGAACAAAUUCGCAAGUCCUUUCUCAGGCAGGUAUUGGUUAGUUUUCGUCAUAGUAUGGGCUAUUACUUGUAUGAUUUUAGUAUCGGUUAAUUUCAUACAAAUACAUUUGCAAUCUUGGAUCAGUCAAUAACAAAAUCAAUAUUAUUUAUACCAAAAGAGAAAAGAACUUGAUGUUCUAAAAGCUCUAUCAUAGAGACGAAUGCAGGAUGUUUAUGAGAAACUUGACUGCGGACUAACUCCAUUGAUACGUUUCUUAAAACUUAUUACAGCAAAAGUAUGGAUAUCAUAUACUACGUUUAUACAACAUCCUUCAUUAAUCAGGUUUAAUAAUAUACGUUUUGUUAUGAAAUUGGCCAAUUUUGUAGGCAUUUCUCUGAAGAAUGGAGGAAUGACUGAGAUUGGCCAGAGCCGUAACUAUAUAUCAAUUAUAAUAUAAUCGAUGUUAUUAAAUCCGAUUAUAAGGAUGCCGUAUAAAUGUAGUCGUAGAAUUAUCCAGAGCCAACAGUCAGUCGAUAUUGAUAUGAGCGCUUGGAUCGAACUAAAGUAACUAAACUCGUAAAGUGAUAGACACGAGAUAAGAGCGAUGAUACAAUACGAUCUGUAACGUGACUAAUCUUUGCGAUCUGUGAAAGCCUUCAACGGAAUAUCGACAAGUAAUAAGCUUUUUACAAUAAGCCAUUAUCUAAGCUUUUAAGUCU